AUGAGAUCACCUGUGUUCAAUCCUUUUAGCUUGGUGAACUUACUGGGAAUCAUUGUGAACUUCGCUUCCGUAUUGGCGUGCGGCUUACACUGGUCUAAACAUGGCGACAUCAAUAUACAACUCUUUCAUAAGAGUUAUAUAUGGCACUCACUACUUCUGGUGUUCUUGUUCCUCUCUUUGGCGGUGAUGCUCAUUAUGUUUGCCUUAAGUGUCUCCACGAAAGGAACAACUGGACCAAUAUUAAGAAAGAGAGCAAUCAUCUUACUAAUCUGUAUAUGCUUCAUUUUGGUUAUGCUGAGUACGACUAUAGAGAUAGUGUACAUCAUAAAUGAAGAAAACCAUCGUACAGAGAGACACAGACGCAUGAUCGCAGUUUUGAUUCUCACGGUUAUACUGAACAUAAUCUUGAUAAUGCUGAUGGUUAUAUUGGCUCUCUAUUAUGAUCGAAAUCAAAUCAGUGACUUGACACACCCGUCUACACCUUAUCCCAAUGAGCCGAUGCCAUCUAGAGGGUACUCGUAUCAACACCCCAAUCCAAAAGAAAUAAGCGGCGAAAAACUCACACCGGAACAAAGAAGAUAA